AUGCAAAAUCAGACGUCGCUUCACCAACAACUUCAUACGGAUAUCGUGUACCUUUCGAUACGAUCCGUUCAGAAAUUUCUCAUUCCGGUCAUCUGCGUUUUGGGAUCCACCGGCAACAUUUUAGCUAUCCUUACAUUUCUGGGACGGACGUUACGGGAUAAAUCUUGCUGUAUAUACCUUGCGACCAAGUGCGUAUCGGAUACCCUAUUUUUGCUCAGUUUAUUCUUAGUGUGGCUUGCCCGUGUCGACAUGCCAGUGUUUCAUCUUCAUGGGUUCUGUCAGAUUAUUAUCUUCGUGACGUAUAUAUGUGGAUUUCUAUCAGUUUGGAUCGUGGUUUUAAUAACUUUAGAAAAUUAUAUUCGAAUUUCACACCCGGCAAGAGUGUCGCAGUUGUGUUCGGCAGAAAAGGCCAAGUAUGUGAUCUUAGUGCUUGUUACGGUUUCGAUUUUUGUGUAUCAUUUUCCCUUAUGGACAACUGGAAUAAUAAGCGGAAACGGUACGGAGGGAAGUUGCUCGUCCAUAGAAAAAUACACAGACAUCAACCAGGGGUUAACGUACGCCGAUACAAUAUUAACCCUUGUAUUACCCUCGGUGUUAAUCGUUGUAUUAAUGAUCGCCAUUUUGUGCAGUGUAUAUGAAGCUUACAAACGUCAAGAACGCAAAUCGCCGCAUGGUCGGAUCACUAAAAUGUUGUUCGCCGUAUCGACUGUGUUUAUAUUUUUUCAUACUCCGAGUCAUGCGAUCCGACUACGACUUUUGAUCUUACAGUUUUUAAACGAAGAUAUCAACCCUGUAGAAGAGUUGAAAUUGCAAAGGAUUUUUGAAUUGAUUUAUUACAGUAAUUUUUCAACCAACUGCAUUAUCUAUGUCGCCUUUGGAAAAACAUUUAGAGAUAUAUUUCGUCAUAUUUUCUGCAAAUCGAAGUUGUGUUGUUUUUACCAGUCUAAAACUAGUCCCGAACAUCCCAGGUAUGGUAGUCUCUUUCCUCCAGAAAGUACUUAUGAAAAGGAGACGGAAACUAUAUGUCUACAAUCUGUUGACGAGCUGUGUGAUAAACGAAUAGCCGUAGUAAUUCCUGUGUCGUAG